AUGGUGCACCACUUUGACAAGGUUGGUUUUAGAAAAUUAAAAAAAUUGGGCAGGAUAGGAUAGGAUAGGAUAGGGUAGGGUAGGGUAGGGUAGGGUAGGGUAGGGUAGGGUAGGGUAGGGUAGGGUAGGGUAGGGUAGGUUAGAAUAAUUUUUUUACUUUUUUAGCUAGUCCAAGCCCAACGCGACUUCUUCAACUCUGGAGUGACAUUUGAUGUGGAAUGGCGAAAAAAGCAACUUUCAAAGCUAAAGGAAUCCCUGGAGAAGCAUAUCGACGCCAUAGCCGAUGCGCUCUGGACUGAUUUGAGAAGACACAAAGCUUUGGCUAGACCGACUGAAAUCGACACUAUUUUUGGAGAUAUCGACUACUUUUUGGCUAAUAUUGAACAAUGGUCAGCUCCUGAAGAAGUAAGUCUAGCCCAAAGCUCAGACCCCUAGCCCAGAGCCCUAGCCCAGAGCCCUAGCCCAGAGCCCUAGCCCAGAGCCCUAGCCCAGAGCCCUAGCCCAGAGCCCUAGCCUAGAGCCGAGAAGCCAACCCAGCCCAGCGCAUCCCAGCUCUACUGCGUUCCGCUCAGCCCAGCCAAGCCUUGCUUAGCCCAGAGCCUCUUCUGGCUCAGCCUAACCCAGCCCAGCCCAACCCAGCUAUAGCAUUUAAAGCUAGCCUUAGCCCAGAAAAGCCCAGUCUAUCCCAGCCUAGCUCAGUUCAACCCCGCUCAGCCUAGCUUAGCGCAGUCUUGUCCAACUCUGUCUAGAUCAGUCCAGUCUAACCCAGCUUAGCCCGGCCUAGUUAUAACAUCAGACUCAGGAUAUUUUUAGCUAGCCUUCUAACCCAAGCCUAAAAACUUAAAUUUUCAGCGCAAAGGCACAGAGAACAGUAAGGCCUACCUCUACAAGCAGCCUAAGGGGGUAGCCUUGAUCAUUUCCCCCUUCAACUACCCAGUCCAGCUAGCCUUGAAGCCGCUGAUCGCAGCCAUUGGAGCUGGAUGCACAGCCAUAAUCAAGCCAUCUGAGAUGACCGAGAACUGCGCCCAAGUACUGGACGACAUUGUCAGCACAGCUUUCUCACCUGAGUAUGUUACAGUAGUCCAAGGAGAUGCCUCGACUUCGUCGGCUUUGCUAGAACAGCGAUUCGACCACAUUUUCUAUACGGGCGGUACACAAAUCGGCAAGAUUGUGAUGACGGCGGCGGCUCAGCAUUUGACUACUGUUACAUUGGAGUUGGGCGGUCAGAGGUACGGUAAUUUUUUUAAAUUUUUUAAACUUUGAGGGUUUGUUUUUUAAAAUGGAAAGAAAGUUUUUGUCAUUUUUAGUUUUGUAAAGUAAGUUCUUGCUGCUUUAGAAAUAAAAACCGAUUUUUCGUAUAAAAUGUCAACCGCAAGCUGCAAAAUUGCUUUUUAUGGAAAAAAUGGGUAUUAUAAAGUUUGUAAAGAAAGUUCUUGCGUUUUUUGUUCUGUAAAGAAAGUUUUUCCGUUUUGUGUUCUGUAAAGAAAGUUGUUGCCAUUUUAUGGUUUGUUAAUAAAGUUAUUGCCAUUUUUUAUGUUGUAAAGAAAGUUCUUGCCAUUUUUUGUUUUGUAAAGAAAGUUUUUGCUAUUAUUAACACAUUUUUAAAUUUUUCAAUUUCAGUCCAUGUUACGUCGACCAAAAUGUUGAUGUAGAUGAAGUCGUAUCCAAGAUUCUGAUGCCAAAAUACUUGAACAAUGGUCAGACGUGUAUCACUGUGAAUCAUCUGAUUCUACAUGAGAAGGUCAAAGAUGAGUUGCAGAAGAAGUUCAUCCAAUCUUUUGUCAAUGUCUUUGGCAAGAACCCGAAGUCCAAUCCAUUAUAUGCUAGGAUUGUCACUAAAAAGCAUUGGAGGUGAGUUUGGGCAUGGGAGAAGGCGGGUAGGUGUAUAGUAGGGUAAAUUAGGCUUUAAUAAGCGCCUUAGGCUUAGUCCUAGGCUUAGGCUUAGUUUUAAGCACAGGCUUAGGCGACUUAGGCUUUCGCUUAAGCUUACUCUUACGCUUAGGUUUAGACUUAGGCUUAGGUUUAAACAAAAGCUUACGCUUAGACCUCGGCUUAGGUUAAGCUUAGACUUAGAAUUUAGUUUAAGCUCCAGCUUGAGCUUAAACUUAGACUUAAGCGUAGGCUCAGCCUUAAAAGUUAACAUAAAGCUUGUGUUUAAUCUUAGGCUUAAGCUUAAACAUUUUUUUUAAAUAUACAACAUUAUACUAUUCAUGGCAGCUAAAAAACGACCGCUCGCAGGAAUUUGAAGUAAAAUCCCAGCACUCGCAGUAAUUUGUUGGGUCGUUUUACAUCGAGGCAAAUAUUACAAAAGUAAUCAAUAUUACAUAAGAAAACGUUGCGUAACACGGUUUCUUGCAAUUUCUCUAAGGCUAUGUUACUAUACUAAAAAAAACAGUGGCUUAAAAAAGCUUUAAAUCUACUAUAAUAUCGACUCAAACAACCUCCAAACCUACUACAAUAUUGACUCAUUUCAGCCGAAUCCACCGCCUCAUAACAGCCAGCAAAGGCAAGGUCCUGUUCAAAUCUGAUGACGAUGAUGAUCAUGAGGACAAGUUCAUAGCACCAUACAUAGUCGAAGUCGAAAAGGACGAUGCUCUAUUGGACGAGGAACUCUUCGCUCCAGUUUUGCCAAUUUUAACCGUAAAAAGUGGACAAGAAGCGCUGGAAUUGGUCAAAUCAAGCGGCGAGCGACCGUUGGCUAGCUACAUCUUUUCGAAAAACGACCAGUUAAUUGACCGAUUCAAUCGCGAAAUCCUGGCUGGAGCUACCGUGGCUAACGAUGUGCUUAUUCAGUACUUCAGUGAGUUUGAAAUGGCAUUUUUUUGUUGAUACAAUGAAAAAUGGCAGAACAUUGGGAUGAAAAGCAAAAAAUGGCAAGAACUUUCUUUACAAAACAAAAAAUGACAAAUUUUAUAUUAGGCAUGCUUUAAAAUGCUCAAAAACUUAAAUUCGACUCAGUGUUCCUCGAAUUUUUUAUAAUCAAGCGCACCGUUGCUUAACUUGCCAGAUCGUACGGGAACGCGCUUUCGCACUGUGCAAAGAAGACAAAUCGCGCUGCACGGUGCGGAAAUUAACUUUUUGGCAAUAACUUUGUUUACAAUGGCUUAAAAUGGUCUUUUUUACAAUUUUUGAUAUAUUUGUAAGAACUUUCUUUACAAAACAAAAAAUGGCAAGAACUUUCUUUACAGAACAAAAAAUGGCAAAAACUUUCUUUAAAAUUGUUAUCAAUGACAAAAAUUUGUUUACAAUGACAACCAAUGGCAUUUUAGAUCACGACAUUCCAUUUGGAGGCAUUGGGAACAGUGGAAUGGGCCGAACGCAAGGCAAAUAUGGGUUUGAUUCGUUUACUCACGAGAAGCCGGUGGUCAUUUCGACUUCUUCCAAUGGUGGCAUUGGGAUUUGA